CUGGUCGCUCCUCCUCAAAUACAUUCUCCAUUGAUCCGACCACAUUCACCGGAGAGCACAGAGUAGCUCACGCCGGAGAAAAUAUGACGGUGUUCGCAGACAGCAACGGCGCCGGCAUGCAGGUGUUCCCGAUCGACUAUCAAGCGCAGGUCUCGCAGCGCCUUGUCGACGCCGCGCACGCGUGCGACCUCAAGUCCGCGCUCGAGUGCAUUGCCGACCCCUUCGUCGACGUCAACUUCAGCGGAACCGUGUGCCUGAAGACGCGCAAAGCGGAGCUUGUGUUGAACGGUGAAGCGGCCACCGGAGUUCGGUUCGAGUUUGACGAGUUCAAGACGGAGGUUACGGCUUUGUUCCUUGCUGCUCAUGCCGGCAAUUUGACGCUUGUCAAGAAACUGCUGAGUGUUGGAGCUAACGUGAACCACAAGUUGUUCCGGGGCUAUGCGACCACAGCAGCAGUGAGAGAGGGCCAUGUUGAGAUAUUGAAAAUACUUUUGAAUGCCGGGGCAGCUCAGCCAGCAUGUGAAGAAGCUCUGCUGGAAGCAAGCAAUAUGGGGCAAGCCAAGCCUGUUGAGCUACUCAUGAGCUCUCUGAUGAUCCGACCACAUGUGGCUGUGCAUGCUCUUGUUACAUCAUCCUGCAGAGGGUUCUUUGAUGUAGUGAACACGCUAAUUAAGUCUGGAGUUGAUCCCAAUGCAAACACGAGGCUGCUACUCAUGUCUUCAAAACCAUCUCUACAUACCAAUGUUGACUGUAAUGCACUUGUUGCUGCUGUUGUUAGUAAACAAGUAUCUACUGUCAGACUGCUGCUACAGGUCGGUGCUAGAAUUAAUGUCAAAGUGAGACUAGGAGCUUGGUCGUGGGACAUGGCUACAGGAGAAGAAUUUCGGGUGGGGGCAGGGUUAGCUGAACCUUAUUCUGUCAUCUGGUGUGCAAUCGAGUAUUUUGAAGCCACUGGUGCUAUCUUAAGAAUGCUCCUCCAACACCUGGCUCCCAAUGUUCCUCAUCUUGGGAGAACCAUCAUCCACCAUGCCAUCUUGUGUAACAAUGCAAGGGCAGUAGAGGUGCUUUUAAAUUGCGGUGCUGAUGUCGAGUUCCCUGUUAAAACAACUACAAAAACAGAGUUCCUCGCGAUUCAUUUGGCUGCACAAAUUGGCUCAGUCCAGGUUCUCCAGCACCUGAUCCGUGGAGGCUGUGAUAUUAAUUCAAAAACAGACUCUGGUGAUACUGCACUGAUGAUUUGUACUAGAUAUAAGCACAAAGAUUGUCUUAAACUUCUGGUGUCUGCAGGCGUGGACCUUGGUUUGGCUAAUUUGGCUGGUCAGUGUGCAGAGUCAAUUGCCAGACUCGUGCAGUGGACUCUCGGCUUUCAACAAGCAGUUCUAGAAGUAAUUCGAGGUGGGAAGGCUGCUUGCUCAAGCAAUGCCUCAAUGUUUUCUGCUCUGAUGUUUGUCACACGAGCCAAUGACAUUGAAACUUUGAAAAAACUCGUUCAGCGGUCAGAAAUUAAUAUUGACGAGCAGGAUGGGAAUGGAUUCUCAGCAGCUAUGCUUGCAGCAGCAGCUGGCCAUGUUGAGGCUUUCCGCUUGCUUGUCUAUGCCGGGGCUGAUGUAAACUUGUGCAACAGAUACGGUGAAACUGCAAUUACCCUUUCAGAAAUAAACAAGAACGGCAGCAUCUUUGAAAAGGUUAUUCUUGAAUAUGCACUUUCGAAUGGAAAACAGAAUUCUGCUGGACUUUAUCCUCUGCAUCGGGCAGCAAGUCGUGGCGAUCUUGAGUCAGUUUGUACAUUAACCGAUGGAGGCUGUGACAUUAAUGCUUUUGACGGAGAUGGAUACACUCCACUCAUGUUAGCAGCAAGGAGAGGUCAUGGUCAUCUUUGUGAACUUCUGAUCUCACGCGGGGCAAUGUGUGGCAUUGAGAAUGCGAGAUCAGAGACUGCACUCAUGCUAGCGAGGAGAAAUGGUGUUGAAAGUGAUGCUGAACGUGCAAUAUUGGAUGAACUCGCUCGAACACUUGUGGUGAAGGGAGCGUUCGUGAAGAAGCAUACAAAGGAAGGUAAAGGAUCUCCCCAUCGAAAGAUGCUGAAGAUGGUGGAGGCUGCCGGAUUACUGAGCUGGGGGAAAUCAAGUAAGAGGAAUGUAACUUGCAGGGGGGCCGAUGUAGGUCCAAGCUCAAAAUUCCGGCGGAAUAGGCGCAAGAAGUUAGAUGUCAACGAACCGGGAGUGUUCCGAGUAACCACUACAAAGAACAAGGAGGUGCAUUUUGUUUGUGAAGGUGGGAUUGAAAUGGCUCAGUUGUGGGUGAGGGGAAUUGAACUUGUGACUAGGGAAGCCAUAUUUGGUAAGAAAACUGGAAGCCUGUGAACAAUUGCUUCUUCUUAACUAUGUUUUCAAUCCUCUGUAUAGAAUUUUCAGGAAGCAUUUGAUUUGC